CAAGUGCAUUGCUCAAUUCACUGUGAUAAUUUCUCUUUGGAUGAACUCAAAGUUAACCUUAAUUAUAUCUGUAAAAUCCUCUUUGCUACCUAAGGUAAUAUAAUUAUAUUUCCAUCAUGUUCACAGAUGUCACCCACCCAGAGUCAAGCACAGAGCAUUAUUACAAGGAGUGAAGUCCAGGUCUAUAUGCAUCCAUGAAAGCCAACAACUCAGAAAUAGACCCACACAGUAUGGCCAGUUGAGGUUCAGUGAUGUUUCCAAACCCUUCAAUGGAAAAAGCAUGUAAUAAUUCAUAAUAUUUGUAGACAUAUCCACGUCGUCUGGUAAGAUGGAUAACAGAAGAAAUCCAGCCUGUCUCAACAUGAAAUGUGGAAUUUGGAAUUGGCAUCCAGAUCUGUCUAUUGUUGUGUGACUACCAGCAAUCUCCUUCGAGUCAGCUUCAUUCCAGCAUGUCCAACGUGCCCCUUGUGCUGCUGUGUGUCGUCCUGGGACUGGUUGGGCAUGUACACGGAACUGUGCUGAGAAAUGAAGACAAAUGGAAACCACUCAGUAACCCCAGAAACCGUGACCUGUUUUUCAGAAGCCUUCAGGCGUAUUUCAAGGGCAGAGGUCUUGAUCUUGGAAGGUUUCCAAACACUUUCUCCGUGAAUGAGAAUCCCAGACCCCUCUCUUUCCAGUCGGAUCUUAUUGCCUCUGCAUUUGCUGACUAUGAAGAGCAGAAAAACUCCUUUCCCAGUUAACUCAAAGGCUGAGUGUCUUCGGAGCGCAGGUAUCUGGCUAUUUCAAAACCACAGAUGAAGCUUAGAAAAGUCAACCAUGGUCUUGACUACACUUUUGUUAUUUUUCUCCUUCAUUUUUAUUUGUUUGUAAUGAUGUUGUUCCACAUUUCCAAAUUUAUAUAUAAAUAAGUGGACCUUCAAGAUAUGUGUACCUUAUGUAUAUGUUUUUGGAGUGUUUCUGCUUCCGUAACUAAACAUUAACAAAGAGCAUUGAGUGCAUUUGUAGGAAUUUUUAAAAUGUCACACAGUAAGAGAGGUGAUAAACUUUCCAAUUCGAGGUUGUCUUCAGGCUUGUCUGUUAAACUUGCCUUUUACAUUUAUCACCUUUUAUCAAUCAUUAUUUUUAGGUGAAAGGGACCUCAUUCAUUGCAAUAGGAGUUUUGUUUUAAAAUUUAUCUUUUUUCCCUAAA